GAGCUGGUUCGGGACGGGGGCUUCGCGGUGCUGCGCCGGGUGCUGGUGGAUUUCGGGGGGAUCAGCCUCAAGAGGAAAUUUUUGGGGGGUCUGGAACCCGAAGCCGUCAACGUCAUGAUCGGCUCCAUCCGCAUCGAUCGCCUGGGGGCGCUGACGGAGCUGUCGGAGAGAGACGGGCGGCUCUUCCCAGUGGGAUACCAGUGCUGGAGGCUGUACUGGAGCACGCGGGACGCCCGCCGCCGUUGCUGGUAUCGCUGCCGGAUCCUGGAGCAGCCGCCCGGCGCCGUCGGGGGAGGGGCCGGGACCCCCCCGGGACCCCCCCCCGAGCACAACCGCACCAUCGCCCACGGCAGCCCCG